AUGGCACUGUUUCGUACAGCUCUGCUGCCUCUGGCGCUUCUUCCAGCCGUCCUGGCUGCACCUGCACCGGUCGAUCCUGCCCAUCCCAUGAUCACACCCCCACCUACGCGUGUAAAGAGAGAACCUAGCUUGACGGACGAUAUCGACAGCUACGUCCACAGCAUCCUCGGCGGUGCCUCAUCUUUCGUCGCUUCCGGCAUCCCUCAAUUCUUCCAGGGCUUCCCAACUGGUACCCAGGUCCUCAGUUCUCUGGGCAUCAGCGAUGGCGACCUUGCUGCAAAACCUACCCAGGUCCUGAAUCUGCCCGCCUACGGAAACUGGACAGACGAAGGUUGGAAUGUCCGCAUUCAUGGCAACGUCUACAAACAGCCCAACAUCAGUCAGUCAAAGGUCGAUGACUUGGCCAACAUUUUCCUCAUCGGUGUCGACAUCAAAGACCUGCCUGCGGAUCAACAAGCGGAGGCGCGAAAUGUGACCGAGUCCAUUUUCGUCGUCCAACAAGACAAGGAGAACAUUACUAUGAACUUCGUCAACGACGUUUCCGUGAGACCCGGGGCUAGCGGCGGGGCUAUCAAUGCCCGCGGCGGCGCGCAAUCGGUCAACUUGCCCUACUUGACAACGGCCGAAGGUGACUUUGACGCGUUUGUCAAAUUACGAAACACCACAGGCUCGACUGGUGGGCACCUGUUGCCAGGCAAUGCCACGGCAUCGAUCCAGACCCUCAACAUGUACGCCAACGGCACGUUGACGGGCAACGCGACAGCUUAUCUGGUCCCUCCCACGGGCUUCACCAUUAUAUCCGACAUUGACGACAUCCUCCGCAUUACCAAGAUCUACGAGCCCAAGGAAGGGUUGCUCAAUUCUUUUGCGCGUCCGUACACGCAGUGGGAGAACAUGCCCCAGAUUUACGCCAACUGGUCGGCGUCUAUCCCUGAUUUCCACUUCCAUUACUUGACCACGACUCCGGAGCAAGUCACGCGCAACUACAUGGAUUUUAUCUACAAGACGUAUCCUUUGGGUAGUUUCGACACUCGUCCUCUCAACUUCUCUGACGUCUCAGCGACGCUGUCUAUCCGAAGAUUCCUUCUGGACAAGAUUUUCCAGACUUUCCCUCAGCGAAAGUUUGUUUUGAUAGCCGACACGACCAAUGCCGAUGUCAUGAAGGCCUAUCCGGCGAUGUAUAAAGACUACCCGGGUCAAGUGCAGUGUAUUUUCUUGCGAAACACCAGUGCUACCGACUCUGGCAAUAAGUUCCCCUAUAACACUGCAGGCUUCAAAGAUAUCCCGCAGAACAGCUACAUGUUCUUCAGGGUACCGGAUGACUUGACAAACCUGGAUGUUGUCAAUGGGCAGUGUUAUAACGCCACAAUUCCACAGAACGUCACUUUCAAGACUCAGGGCUUGCCAUUUGGACUGGGCAACGCAGCUGGAUCUUUGGCGCCACCCAGCACUUGGGCGGUAGCCGUCGUCAUGUUUGGCAUGGGUCUGACUGCCUUAUUGUAG